GAGAUAUCUUUCCGAUUGUCAUUGAAGCAUCACAUUUAUCCGCAUAGGCUUAUCUUAUACUAGUGAAUAUUUUUGCAACUAGAUCCUACUACUUUUUUAUAUAAAAAUGUACACUACUACUCGUCCGGCGAUGUCUUUCACUUCCACAACACCUUCAGCUAGAGCUCCGCUCGGAGGGCGUACAACCGGAAACGUUACUUCCCAAGAUCGUAUGCUCAAAAUUGUGACCGAGAUGCGCUCAGGUGCUGGAUCCGGCUUGUCGCCAUUUGGACAAAAUGCUGCAUCAACCAUCCGUGACUCUCGUGAACGUGAGAAGAAAGAAAUGAGCGAUUUGAACGAUCGACUUGCUAGCUACAUCGAAAAGGUCCGUUUCCUAGAAGCCCAGAAUAGAAAAUUGGCAGCCGAUCUUGACGCACUUCGUUCCAAAUGGGGAAAAGACACGCACAACAUUCGUAAUAUGUAUGAGGGAGAACUUGUGGAUGCUCAAAAGCUGAUUGAUGAAACCAAUAAGCAACGCAAGGAUAUGGAAGGUCAACUCAAGAAGAUGCAAGAUGAACUCGCUGAGAUGCGCAGAAAAUUGGAAGAUGCCACCAAGGGCCGUGAACAGGAUCGCGCUAAGAUCGACGCACUUCUAGUAACCCUUUCUAAUCUUGAAGCUGAAAUUAGCCUUCUGAAACGUCGUAUUGCUCAGCUUGAGGAUGAGGUGAAGCGGAUCAAGCAAGAGAAUCAGCGUUUGCUUUCUGAGCUUCAAAGAGCCCGUACCGACUUGGAUCAAGAAACCCUCAAUCGUAUUGACUACCAAAACCAAGUUCAAACUCUUCUUGAGGAGAUUGAUUUCUUGCGUCGUGUCCAUGACAAUGAGAUCAAGGAGCUUCAAACUUUGGCUUCUCGUGAUACUACUCCAGAAAACCGCGAGUUCUUCAAGAACGAACUCUCCUCGGCUAUUCGUGACAUCCGUGAGGAAUAUGACCAAGUCAACAACGUUCACCGUAAUGACAUGGAAUCCUGGUAUCGUCUUAAGGUCCAAGAGAUCCAAACGCAGUCUGCCAGACAGAACAUGGAACAAGGGUAUGCCAAAGAAGAAGUCAAAAGACUCCGCACCCAACUCAGCGAUUUGCGUGGAAAGCUCGCUGAUCUUGAAAGCCGCAACUCUCUCCUCGAGAAACAAAUUCAAGAGCUCAACUACCAAUUGGAAGAUGAUCAGAGAUCUUAUGAAGCAGCCCUCAACGACAGAGAUUCCCAAAUCCGCAAAAUGCGUGAGGAAUGCCAAGCCCUUAUGGUCGAAUUGCAAAUGCUCCUGGAUACCAAACAAACUUUGGAUGCCGAAAUCGCCAUCUACAGAAAGAUGCUCGAAGGAGAAGAGAACCGUGCUGGACUCAAGCAACUUGUCGAACAGGUUGUCAAGACCCAUGCUAUCACACAGGAAACCGAUACCGAGACGAUGAGAGUCGUCAAGGGCGAAACUGCAUCCCGUCAAUCGUUCCAGCGUUCUGCAAAGGGAAAUGUUUCUAUCCACGAGGCAUCGCCGGAUGGAAAGUUCAUCGUCCUCCAGAACACACAUCGUGCCAAGGACGAGGCUAUCGGUGAGUGGAAGUUGAAGAGACGUAUCGACGGAAAACGUGAGAAUGUCUACACGCUUCCAAGAGACUUUGUCCUUCGUGCCGGAAAGACCCUCAAAAUCUUCGCCCGUAACCAAGGAGUUGCCUCACCACCAGAUCAAUUGGUCUAUGAUGCUGAAGACUCGUUCGGAAGCGGAAACAACGUCCAAACCAUCCUCUUCAACAAAGAAGGAGAGGAACGUGCUACCCACAUCCAACGCCAGAGCACUGCCUAAUCAGGCGACUUCCCAACAAUUAACUAGAUAUUGUGACAAUUUCUUGUUGAAAAUCCCAAAAUCUUCUUCCCAUUUUGUAACUUUCAUGCUGAUUUCUGCGCAUUUAUUUGACCUUAUUUCAAUAAAUCAUUUAUCAUUCAAA